CACUCGAUACACCUGGAUAUACUUUCUUCGUCUGAAAUCCGAACUCCGUUCUGUUGCCAUUGAUUUUCUUAACAUGAUUCAAACCCAAUUUGGUAAAACUGUCAAAAUUAUUCGAUCUGAUCCAGGAGGUGAAUUCAACUCUAUUCCCUUACAUGAGGUCUAUCGUUCUCGAGGCAUAUUAAGUCAGAUGUCUUGUCCCGGUGUCUCCCAACAAAACGGUCUAGUUGAAAGAAAAAAUAGACAUGUUAUGGAACUCACCCGUGCCCUUCUUAUUGCUUCAUCUGUUCCUGGUCGGUUUUGGCCAGAGGCUGUUGUUACCGCCGUCAAGCUCAUUAAUUACCAGGUCACACCUACUAUAGGUCAAACUAGUCCUUAUUAUGCUCUUCAUGGUCAUCAUCCUGAUUAUUCUCGUCUUAGAGUUUUUGGCUGCUUAUGUUUCGUUCUUCUUCCUAAACGUGAGCGUACAAAGUUGACUUCUAAAACUUCUAGAUGUGUCUUUUUGGGGUAUAGUAGUGUUCAUAAAGGGUACCUAUGUUUUGAUCCUUCAGCUCAGCGCAUGAGAAUUGCAGCCUCGGUCAUAUUUUUUGAGCAUAUGAUGUUCUUUUCCCAUCGGCCAGCUUUACCUUUUGAGUUUCCUGGUGGAGAAAAUACCUUGCCAAUAUUUGAUGAAGAAGUGGAUGAUGUCCCUGUUAUAUCCAAUGAACCUGCCACUCCCUCUUCCACGCAAGAUUUGUCUCCUCCCUCCACUGACACCUCACCAUCUACGACACCAUCAUCAAGUUCACAUGCAUCCAGUAGCUCGCCGAUUGCAUCAAAUGAGCCUUCUCCAGUGGUACAACCAGCGCCUAGGCAAUCCACUCGCUCUAAUAAAGGAGUUCCGCCUCCACAUUUUGAAGACUACGUCGCCCACAGUGUAGAUACAUUGGUUGUGCCCACAACAUUUAAGCAAGCUCGUGGGAAUCCGAUCUGGGAUCGUGCUAUGCAGGACGAGUUUACAGCCUUAGAGGCAAAUCGCACAUGGUCUGUUGUUGAUCGGCCAAUUCCAUGUCCUCCGACUAUUGGCUCCCGGUGGGUGUAUGCUAUUAAGGUACGUCCCGAUGGAACUGUGGAACGCAACCGUGCUCGGCUUGUUGCUCUUGGCUAUACUCAAGAGCAUGGCGUGGAUUACAAUGAGACUUUCGCUCCCGUGGCUAAGAUGUCGACUGUUCGGACAUUGCUUGCUGUGGCAGCAGUAUACGAUUGGCCACUUUACCAGCUUGAUGUGAAGAAUGCAUUUCUUCAUGGUGAUCUCGAGGAAGUUAUAUAUAUGGAACGGCCACCAGGAUAUACAGUUGGUCGUGAAGAUCAAGUCUGUCUUCUUCAUCGGUCUCUUUAUGGUCUCAAACAGGCACCUCGGGCCUGGUUUGAGAAAUUUCAGGCUACGAUUGUUCAGUUGGGAUUUCAGCAAAGUCUCAACGAUCCUUCACUGUUUACUAAGGUUACCACUGCUGGGAUUGUCGUUCUAUUGCUCUAUGUUGAUGACAUGGUCAUCACCGGCACUGAUUCGCAGGGUAUUACUAAGCUCAAGGAUGGCUUAAAGCAAGCUUUCAGUAUCAAGGAUUUGGGUUCUCUAUCCUACUUUCUCGGUCUUGAGGUGAGCCGCUCUGAUCAAGGUAUUUUACUCAGUCAAAGAAAGUAUAUUUCUGAUCUCCUUGAUGAUCAUCAUUUUGAUACUUGUCAUCCAGUCAAGACACCUAUGGAGGUUAAUCUAAAAUUACAGAAAGGUUCCGGUGAUCGACUUAAAGAUGGCUCUCAAUAUCGCAGUAUCGUGGGCAGUUUGAUUUAUCUUUCUGCCACUCGUCCUGAUAUUUCCUAUGCAGUACAAGUGGUUAGUCAGUUCAUGACCGAGCCUUGUGUUGAUCACCUGGCGGCUGUUCACAGAAUAUUGAGAUACCUAAACGGGACGCGGGAUGUAGGCAUUUUGUUUCCUGCUACUGGGGAGCCUACUAUCAGUGCCUAUUCCGAUUCUGACUUUGCAGGCUGUAUUGAUACUCGACGGUCCACUUCUGGAUGGUGUGUAAAAUUUAGUGGUGCUUACAUUUCUUGGCGCUGUAAGAAACAGGACAAAGUUUCAAAAUCUUCUACCGAAGCAGAAUAUCGUGCCAUGUCGGAGGUUGGGUCAGAGAUGGUUUGGUUACGUCGCCUCCUAUCUGACUUUGGUGUUUUAUGUCCAGCGCCCAUGACUUUGCAUGUGGAUAACACAAGUGCAAUUCGAAUAGCCGUAAACCCCGUUCUCCAUGAUCGCACUAAGCAUAUCGAGAUCCAUGUCCACUACAUACGUGAUCUCGUUCGUGAUGGUACACUCAGUUUGCACCAUCUUCCCACUGAAGAACAGGUAGCAGAUCUUUUCACGAAGGCAUUUCCUACCAGCAGGCAUUGGUAUCUUGGGAACAAAUUGAUGCUGAGGGAUCGGCAUCAAUUUGGGGGAGGAUGUUAAGUGUAUGUAUGUUUGGUUGGUUGCGAUUAUACUGAGCUGUAGGAGUUUAGACGUAAUGUAGGGCCCAUUGAUUAUAAGCCCAUAGCUCAUGCACACGUCUUGGCCCAUGCACAUUAUUGGCAGAUGAUGAUCUUAACCUAGCUCGUGUAGGUUAAAUAAGUGAGGGAGGCAGAGGUCGGCUGGAGGUUGUGUUCUGAAACUCAUCUCAGUAAAAUCAGUAGCCUGAA